GUGACAUGCAGAAGUUAGUAGAGGGUCUGAGAUUGUUGAACCAGGCUGAUCCGUGUGUUCAGGUUCUGGUUCAGGAGACAGGUGAACACGUGAUCAUUACAGCAGGAGAGGUUCAUCUACAGAGAUGUGUGGACGACCUCAGAGAAAGGUAUGCCAAGAUGGACAUCAACGUGUCUUCACCAAUUGUCCCAUUCAGAGAGACAAUCGUCCCUCCACCAAAAACAGACAUGGUGAACGAAGCCAUCUCAGACCAACGCCAGGUCAUCAAGAAAGAUACUGAAGAUGAUGAAAUCAUUGAGCCGGGGUUAGUAGAGGUCAGCACGAUCAAUGGGAGGUGUACCCUCAGGAUCAGGGCGGUGCCUCUUCCAGAGGACGUCACACGGCUACUGGAGGAGAACCAGAGUCUGAUAAAGACAAUGUGUCAGAUCUCCAAGGCUCACGGUAAGGGGAGGGAGGGACUGGAAGUCCAGCAAUCUGUGAUAGACUCUAUCAGAGAAUUCAAAUGUCAACUCAGUAAGGUUUUCCAGGCUUCUGGAAAGAUGUGGAGGGAUGCAGAAAAUCAGAUAUGGUCGUUUGGACCUAAGAGAGUUGUAUUACUCAAUCGUGUGAGGGGAUAUGACAGAGCUAAUGUGUGGAACUGUGUGGAACAGAAACAGUGGGAACUUAAGCUAAGACAGUAUGAUAACAGCAUAAUCAGUGGAUUUCAAAUUGCCACCCUUGCUGGGCCCCUUUGUGAGGAGCCCUUAAGGGGUGUAUGUUUCAUUAUUGAGGAAUGGAACUAUGUUAGGAGUAGUCACUCAAUUUCUCUUGAUGAAGAAGUUCAUAAAAGGGAGGUAACUCAUAUAAAUUCCUGUGAUAAUCCUUCCUCAGUGAGUCAGACUGAAUCUGUGUCCAUGGUAACACAAAGUGAAACUGACAGAGACAAAGAUGGCAGCGAGUCUGAGACCGAGUCUACUGACAGUGAGAUUGAGCCGUCUCAGCCAAGACAGAAGGAGGGACACAGUCACAUGUCAGGUCAGCUGAUUUACUGUGUGAAGGAGGGCUGUCGUAAAGCGUUCCAGACCCAACCUCAGAGACUGAUGGUAGCAAUGUAUAAGUGUAACAUACAAGCUACAGCCGAAGUCUUAGGAAAACUGUGUGGUGUCCUGGGUAAGCGGUUUGGUCGAGUUAUUGAGGACACAAUGAUGGAGGGCUCUCAGAACUUUAACAUUAAGGCCGUGCUGCCUGUGGUAGAGAGUUUUGGAUUUGCUGAGGAUGUGAGGAAGAAGACGAGUGGUUUGGCUAGUCCUCAACUGGUGUUCAGCCAUUGGGAGGUGUUGGAUGUUGACCCUUUCUGGGUGCCCACUACAGAGGAGGAAUAUGCUCAUUUUGGAGAAAAGGCGGAUUCUGACAACAGAGCCAGACAUUAUAUGAACCAAGUCUGGAAACGGAAGGGACUCAAAGUGGACGAGAAAAUAGUGGAGCAUGCUGAAAAACAAAGGACACUCACCAAAAUGAAAUAA